CAAAUCGUUGAAGUGAACCAAGCGCAAAUCCUGGUUGCAGGUGGUACUUAAAGAGUUGAAUUGGGAUAUUGUAGCCUUCAUUGCAGCGGGUAGCAUCUUUUUUGGAAGCUGUUGUUGGGGCAGCUGGACUAGCAAGAUCCUGGACCUCUUAGCUACACAUAUUUAGCGAUCGAGAACCUAAUUCUGCUGUUGUGCUGUCAAUUGAAUCAGUGUUUGGUACCCGAGGAACUUCAAUCCUGAACUGGAUUGUAUCUAUUUUCCGUGCCAUAAACGUGUUGGCACUACACAUUGCACACCUCUUGAUCAAACACUAUUUAUACAUCGCGUACUAAAUUCAUUUUUUGGAAGGAAAGAAAAACAGAAAGAAAAGAAAAGAUGAUUAAUGGAGACGAUCGGAAUCAGUCUGCUAAACAUGAGAGUAAUUCUGCAGCCAUGGACAUCAUCAAGAAAGCCAAUCGACCCGUAACAUUAAAGUUUGAAGAAGUUUCUUACAAGAUCAAACUCAAGAAUGGAUCAGGAGCGAAAGGGUCAAAGAUGGUGGAAAAAACAAUCUUAAAUGGAAUAACAGGUUCAGUGCAGCCUGGUGAGAUGCUAGCAUUGUUAGGUCCAUCUGGCAGCGGAAAAACAACACUAUUAUCGGCUUUAGGAGGUCGCCUUGGCGGACGUAUAACCGGAAGUAUUACAUAUAACGGAAAAUCCUUCACUAACUCAAUGAAUCGAAAUACCGGUUUCGUUACCCAAGAUGAUAAAUUCCAUGUCCACCUAACAGUAACAGAAACACUUGUAUACACAGCUCUCCUGAGAUUACCAAAAACACUUACCAAGGAAGAGAAGAUUCAGCAUGCUGAAGAGGUAAUAACUCAACUGGGUUUAACAAAAUGUAAGAACACCGUUAUGGGAGGACCAUUUCUCAGAGGUGUUUCCGGGGGAGAACGUAAGAGGGUUAGCAUUGGGCAAGAAAUCCUGAUCAAUCCAAGUUUAUUGUUUCUCGACGAACCUACUUCUGGUUUAGAUUCAACAUCAGCUCAGCAAGUCGUCACUUUGUUAUCGGAGUUAGCCAAAGGUGGCCGAACAGUUUUGAUGUCAAUUCAUCAACCUUCUAGUAGACUUUAUUACAUGUUUAAUAAGAUGUUAGUCCUAUCGGAAGGUAAUCCUUUGUAUUUCGGAAAGGGAAAUGAAACUAUGGAUUACUUCGCUGGGAUCGGUUUCACUCCAUCUGUUACUAUGAAUCCAGCAGAUUUCCUUUUAGAUCUUGCCAACGGUGUUCAUAUGGAUGAGAUGGAUAUGGGUAAAAGAAAGAAAGUAAAACAGCAACUAAUCUCUGCUUACAAGAUAAAUCUUGAUGAUAAGGUGAAGAGUGAAACGGAUUCGGAAGGCCACAUGUUAGAUUAUAAAGAUCAUGAUGAUAAGGAUUUUGGUAGAUGGAGUAUAAGUUGGGGUCAGCAAUUCUGGGUAUUGUUGAGAAGGGAUAUUAAACAAAGAAAGAACGAAUCAUUUUCAUCCUUAAAAAUCGCUCAAAUUUCUGUCAUGUCACUUCUUUGUGGGCUUCUUUGGUGGAAAUCUUCUACUGCCGAAUUACAAGACCAGAUUGGGUUAUUGUUCUUUUACUCCAUGAUGUGGGGAUUACUCCCACUUUUCCAAGCUUUAUUCACAUUCCCACAAGAAAGGCUGAUGCUUACUAAGGAGCGAUCGUCAGGCAUGUACAGACUCUCAUCCUAUUUUAUGGCAAGAUCAGCAAGCGACCUACCAAUGGAACUCGCUCUGCCGGUUGGAUUUAUCAUCAUAACAUAUUGGAUGGCAUGCUUAAAACCAACAGCUUUUCAUUUCUUCAAAACAUCAGUUGCCGUUCUUUACACAGUUCUAGUUUCACAAGGAGUAGGGCUCGCAAUUGGUUCAAUGGUAAUGAAUAUUAGGUCUGCAGCAAUAUUGGCAGCAGUCAUAGUGAAUGCAUUCUUUCUAGUUGGCGGCUACUACAUACGAAACGUCCCAAGUUUCAUAGCAUGGCUCAAGUACCUAUCUAUCACGCACCAUUGUUACAAACUCCUAUUGAGUUCGCAAUAUAAGAGCGACGAGAUGUAUGCUUGUGGACCUAAUAUAACUUGCAGAAUCGGGAGUCUUCCUACUAUAGAAAAGAUUGGACUGGGAGGUGAAGCCAUUUCAUAUCUCUCUUUAACAGCAAUGCUUGUGUUUUUCAGAUUGAUUGCUUACCUCGCGCUCCUCCGGGUUGGAAAAGUGUCUCAUUAAUGGGUUGUAGAAAACCUUGACUUUGGCCCUGAUGAACCCUUCUCAGGAAUGG